CAUAGCGAAAAGAAUCAAUCAUUCACUGUGAUGUCUUGUUGCCUAGGGCCUCUAUAUUUAGUCGCUAUCGCAGACUGCCACCAUCGACUUUCAACUCCCAUCAGUUCGUUCAAAUGUAGCUGCCAUAACCAUGUCCACCGUCACGGAGAUUGAAGGUGACCUGUUUGAUGCGCCAGAUAGAGCAGCGCUAAUUCACGCCUGUAACAGUCAAGGCUCCUGGGGCGCAGGAAUCGCAGAGGCCUUUCGAGAGCGAUACCCCGCCGCAUACGCUGUCUAUCGAUCCAACUGCCUAAAAUACUCUCGUAGAAAGCCUCAAUACAAGACCGUCGAACCAACCAACCCCAAAGGCAAACCCGUCAAAUCCCGCCUACCCACGGGAACAGCGCUCCUCAUCCCGCCCCAAGAGAAAGACUAUACAGCACAAGACAAUGACGAGGAAGGACAGGAGCGAAAGAAACACUGGAUAAUCUGCCUCUUCACGUCUCGCGGAUACGGGAAGAGAGUUAGUCGUCCGGCUACGAUACUGGCGUAUACGGAGCUUGCUGUUGCGGAUUUGAAGGAGCAGCUUGAGGGGCUUGAGGAACGGGGUGAGGGCGAGGAUAAUGUUGAGCCGCCUAGGGAGCUGUGGUCUUGCCGGUUUAAUUCUGGGCUUUUUGAUGUGGAAUGGUGUCGUUCUAGGCGGGUGUUGGAGGAGGCGGGUUUGGAGGUUACGGCUGUGAGGCCCCCGGGGGAAGAGCUCUGAUUGAGUCUAGAGAGUGUUUGGCCUCGGAGGAAUGGGAACAAAUGAUUUAGUCUCAUAGCGCGUAGUAGUCAGUUCCAUAGCUGAUUUCCUACUUUUGCUAUGAUAUCACAUGAUGAACUAGGCCCAAAAUG